GUUGCUCUUGUUGACCCGUCUGCAGAAGAGCAAGAUGGCUAACUUGGACGUAGAGGAUUUUAUUCAACAAAACAGAGCUGUGGCGGACAAAGUGGAAACGUAUCGAGGUUACUGGGAGAGUGAGAAACACUGGGAGGCCAGGAGGGAGUUUAUCCUGCGGAACAUGAACGACUUCGAGGAUCCGCAGCUGGACCAGCUGCUGUCUCUGUCCAUGGUGUGGGCUAACAACGUCUUCCUCGGCUGUCGGUAUAGCACAGAGCUCCUUGACAAAGUGAAGGAAAUGGCUGAAGGCAUCGAGGUGGAGGACGCGCCAGUCUUCAAAACAAGAGAUGAGAUUAUGAAAAAGCAACAGGGUCAAUGACCAGCUCAUCCAGUCUGGUGAUGUCAGGUCGAGCCUGAAGAAUGCUGGGACUCAGCUGUUAUGUACAUAUACAGGCUGUGCUUGUAACUAGUCACACCACGUUUCACGUGGUUUUACAAUCUGACGGUGUUUGUUACGGAUGUGAUCAGAGUGUGAACAUUUUUUUUUUUUAUCAGAAGCAGAGAGACUGUGAUACUCAGUAUUUAACUGUGCAGACAGCAGUGAUAGUUUUGGCAGUGUGGGAGCUUCACUGCUCGUCUGUUUUUACAUUGUUUUACAUUUUUGUAAUCAUCAUUUUUGGUAGUUUUUUUUAAUUAAGUCAGAUGAAAGACACUGGAUCUUGUUAUGAUGUCCCCAUCUGAAGAGCAAUAAAUUACUUUCCCCUCUUA